UAACAUUCAAAAAUUUGAAAAUUUUCUGUCAGUGACAUCCAAAACACCUUACAUAAACACACCCCUACACUGUACACAAUUUUAUUCAUGGAUUGAAAAUUUCACACUUUCUCAAUAACCAUCUACAUUACAAGUAACAUGAAAGGCAUCCUGAAAACGAACAAAUCAACACACUGCGUCACACCGUCUCAAAACAAUCGACUAAAAAAACAAAUCAAGCCCAAAAAACCCUCCUCCCUACCAUCAACCCCAUCCAAAGAAAAAUGCGUCACUUUCGAAAAUUACAGCCCCCCUGGUGUGGAACUCAUCUGCCCUAAACCAUCAGGUCUGAGUGGAAAAAUGGAGAAAAUAAUCCCUCAAAUAGUUGAUAAAAUGGUGGGGGAAACACUGACUGUCCCUGUGAGACGGUUGAAAUCUUUUCAGAUUGUAGAAAGAGAGAGAAGUAUUGAGCCAGUUGAGAGGAGAAAUGUUAGACUGAGAAGAAAUAAUAUUAGAAAACCUUCUACUGUGAAACUGGGCUCAAAAAAUGUGAACAAGGAACUCACAGAUGAAACUAAAAUACUAAAUAGAAGUUCUAGAACAAAUAUUAAACCGCUGUGUAAGAGCAAACUAACCAACCAUACUUUUACCCCGUUGAAACUUACUAGAAAUUUGGAAGAGAAGAGUUUAGAAAACUGGGGGGUUGAUAAGACAAAUAAAGUGGGAAACGGAGAGAAGACGGAGCAGAAAAGGAGUUUGGAGAGUGGUGUGGAAAGGAGAGCAAGUGAGAAGAGGAAUUAUUUUGAAGAGAGUGAAGACGAAUCUGGAGAUAAUGAUAACAAUAAUAAUAAUUGUUUUGAUGAAUAUAGACCAGAGGGGAAACCUAGUGUUAUAAGGAUUAAUAUAGUUUUGUGAAGAGUUGGGAAGUAAGUAUAAUGUUAUAAUACAGUAAGGGUGUUGAAGGUUCAAGAAUGGAGUUGGAGAAGAAAUUUGGCGGCCAUGGAGAAAUUUAAGGAAGUCCACAUCGUACUAUGAAACUUGGUCUAAAAAAAUAGAUUGAAGAAAUUUGGAAAGUAUAGUGUAUAAACGGGAGAACAAUUGAGAAGAAUUUUAAUAGAAAGAAGAAUCUUGAAAAAUAAUAAGCAAAACAUAAAAUAAAUUAUACAUCUGGAGAAUGAAGAAUAUGAGUCCUACAGCUUAGUCUGGUGGUUUUGAAGAUUCAUUUGAUUAUUAUAAUUUUUCUCAUUAUCGAAUAUUAAAGAUAGAUUGAGUAAA